AUGGCAACGACAGCUCUGACCGGGUUCUCUAUGAUGAGCCUGCUCAGCCUCGGGUACCUGACCUGGGACCUAAUGAGUCCUAACCAGGUGGAGAACGAGCCAGAUCAAACUUUUGUUGACACGUCUCCCAUUCCGCAGCCUCCUCACAUCAUUUUCAUCAUGACGGACGAUCAGGGAUUCAACGACAUCGGCUAUCACAGCUCUGACAUCAGGACACCGGCGCUGGAUAAACUAGCUGCAGACGGAGUGAAGCUGGAGAAUUAUUACAUCCAGCCCAUCUGCACGCCCUCCCGCAGUCAGCUCAUCACCGGCAGGUACCAAAUUCACACUGGCCUGCAGCACUCCAUCAUCCGGCCCCGCCAGCCCAACUGCCUGCCCUUUGACCAGGUCACCCUACCCAAGAGACUGCAGGAGCUCGGCUACGCCACCCACAUGGUUGGCAAGUGGCACCUGGGCUUCUACAAGAAGGAGUGCCUGCCCACUCGACGGGGCUUCGACACAUACUUUGGCUCCUUGACGGGCAGUGUGAACUACUACACUUACGACUCUUGCGACGGCCCUGGGCGAUGUGGUUUUGACCUCCAUGAGGGGGAGUCGGUCGCAUGGGGUCAGGGGGGCAAAUACUCAACACAUCUCUACACACAGAGAGUUCGCAAGAUCCUGGCAACUCACGAUCCUCAGUCCCAGCCACUGUUCAUAUUUCUCUCUUUCCAAGCUGUUCAUACACCCCUGCAGUCUCCGCGCGAGUACAUCUACCCGUACCGCGGGUUGGAAAAUGUGGCACGCAGGAAAUAUGCUGCUAUGGUGUCAGCUGUAGAUGAGGCAGUACGCAAUAUAACAUAUGCUCUCCGCAAGUAUAGUUACUACCAGAACAGUGUCCUCAUCUUCUCCACUGACAACGGUGGGCAGCCUUUGUCCGGCGGCAGUAACUGGCCGCUCAGAGGACGUAAAGGCACUUACUGGGAAGGUGGCGUACGGGGUCUGGGGUUCAUCCACAGCCCUUUGUUGAGGAAGAAGAGGAGAGUGAGUAAAGCCCUGGUGCACAUCACUGACUGGUACCCCACACUGGUGGGAUUAGCAGGUGGCAAUGGGUCCCUGAUGGAGGGGGUGGAUGGGUAUGAUGUUUGGGAAGCCAUCAGUGAGGGGAAGGAGUCACCCAGGUUGGAGAUCCUCCACAAUAUUGACCCUCUCUAUAACCAUGCACGCAGUGGCUCCCUGGAGAAAGGAUAUGGGAUUUGGAAUACAGCUGUUCAGGCCUCCAUACGAGCUGGAGACUGGAAACUCCUCACAGGAGACCCCGGCUACGGAGACUGGACACCGCCACAGAUGCUUUCGGGUUUCCCCGGCAGCUGGUGGAACCUGGAGCGCCACACUGAACCCCGGAAAUCGAUCUGGCUUUUCAACAUCUCUGGAGAUCCCUACGAACACUUUGACCUUUCUGAGCAGAGACCAGAUGUUGUCAAACAGCUGCUGGCUAGACUGGUAUACUACAAUCGCACUGCGGUGCCAGUAAGGUACCCAUCAGAGGACCUACGGGCUGACCCCCACCUGAAUGGAGGGGCCUGGGUGCCUUGGGUAGGAGAUGAGGAGGAGGACAGCUGGGAUACUGUCUACCGGAAAAAGAACAAGAAUUGGAAAAAGAAGCUGAAACUGUCCAAUAGCAGGUCGUUUUUCAGAAGACUCAACACUAGGAUCAUGUCCAAUAGGAUAUAG